CUCAGACAGCGGAUCUGCCUACCAUGGCAGAAUCCAGGAUUCUCCUUUUGUUCUGCUUUUUGAUCUUCUGCCUGGCAGGCUCCAACUUCAUCGGAGGGCAGAAGGUGCGGUCUAAACGCUGUGACGUGAAGACCAAGUUUGUCACACACUCGCCCUGCACCGCGUGCGCAGCUGUCAGGAAGCGGCUGUGUCCCUUAGGCUGGUUUCGGAACUUCCCAGAGAAGAUACUCCUGGACUGUCGCUAUGAGGUGCAGCUGGGGGGCUCUCUGGUCUCCUUAAGUGGCUGUAGCCAGGAGUGCUGGAAGGACGUGGUGCAGAAGGCCUGCUGCCCCGGCUAUUGGGGUUCCCAGUGCUAUGAGUGCCCUGGAGGUGCCGAGACCCCGUGUAAUGGCCAUGGGACCUGCCUGGAUGGCAUAGCUGGAAAUGGGACCUGUGUGUGUCAGGAAAACUUCAGCGGCUCAGCCUGCCAGGAGUGCCGAGACCCAGGCAGAUUUGGGCCUGACUGCCAAUCAGUUUGCAGCUGUGUACAUGGCUUGUGCAACAAUGGGCCACGGGGGAAUGGGAAAUGCCUGUGCUUUGCUGGAUAUACGGGCACCCGCUGUGACCAAGAGGUUCCAGUCUGCCAGGGCCUGAGAUGCCCCCAGAAUUCCCAGUGCUCUGCAGAAGCACCCACCUGUAAGUGCCUGCCCGGAUACACUCAGCAGGGCGGCGUUUGUCUUGCUCGUGACCCUUGUAAGCUGUCCCCUUGCUCCCCACUGGCCCGAUGUUCAGUGAAUCCCAAGGGGCAGGCUCAGUGUCGCUGCCCAGAGAAUUACCACGGUGAUGGCAAAGUGUGUCUGCCCCUGGACCCAUGCAUCACCAACUUUGGUGGUUGCCCCAGCAACUCUACCCUCUGUCUAUACAAGGAUCCAGGCAAGGCUGUCUGCAUAUGCCAGCCAGGUUUGAUGAGUCUUAACAACGAUGCUUCUGCGGGAUGCUAUGCCUUUUGCAAACCACAUUCCUGUGACAAAUCAGCCACCUGUCAGGUGACCGCUGAUAGAAAGACCACCAGCUGUGUGUGCAAGGAUGGUGAGGUGGGUGAUGGUCGUGCCUGCUACGGACACCUGCUCCAUGAGGUUCAGAGGGCCAAUCAGAUAGGCCUGAUGCUUGCGCGUUUGAAACUGGCCAUUGCCAUGCUGGAGCAGGGCUGCCAGGAGAUCCUUACCACAUCGGGGCCAUUCACUGUACUGGUGCCGUCCUUCUUCGUCUCUUCUGUCCCCUCCAGGACCAUGAAUGUGACCCUCGCCCAGCAGCUCUGCAAACAGCACAUUAUUGCAGGGGAGCACAUCCUGGAGGAUGUAGGGCCCUCGAAUACCCGCAAGUGGUGGACACUUGCUGGCCAGGAGAUCACCAUCAACUUCAACCAUCUGAGAUACACCUAUAAGUAUGAAGACCAGCCUCAACAGACGUUCACCAUCCAAAAGGCCAACUAUGUAGCAGCCAACGGGGUUUUCCACACGGUCACUGCCCUACGGAGGCAGCUUCCCCCUCCACUCCCAGGGGACCCCAAGAAAACUGUCAGCGAGAUCCUGGCUUCCACAGAGGCUUUCACGCGGUUUGAAACGAUCCUGGAGAACUGUGGACUUCCAUCCAUCUUGGAUGGGCCCGGGCCCUUCACAGUUUUCGCCCCAAGCAAUGAUGCUGUAGACAGCCUGCGAGAUGGUCGACUGAUCUACCUUUUUACAUCAGGCCUUUCCAAACUUCAGGAGCUGGUACGGUACCACAUCUACAACCAUGGCCAGCUGACGGUGGAGAAGCUCAUCUCUAAGGGACGUGUCCUCACCAUGGCCAACCAGGUCCUGACUGUGAAUAUCUCUGAGGAGGGGCGCAUCCUGCUGGGACCUGAGGGCAUCCCUGUGCGGAGAGUGGAUGUGCUGGCUGCCAACGGUGUGAUCCACAUGCUGGAAGGCAUCCUGCUGCCCCCCACCAUCCUGCCUAUCCUACCCCAGCACUGUGAUGAAGAGCAGCACCAGAUUGUGCCAGGUACUUGUGUGGACUGCCAAGCCUUGAAUGCCAGUGUAUGCCCCCCAAACAGUGUGAAAAUGGAUAUCUUCCCCAAGGAGUGUGUUUAUACCCAUGACCCAACUGGACUCAACAUGCUGAAGAAGGGCUGUGCCCACUACUGCAACCAGACCAUCACAAAACGUGGCUGCUGCAAAGGAUUCUUUGGGCCUGACUGCACACAAUGUCCUGGGGGCUUCUCCAACCCCUGCUAUGGAAAAGGCAAUUGCAGCGAUGGCGUCCAGGGCAAUGGAGCCUGCCUCUGCUUUCCAGACUACAAGGGUAUUGCCUGCCAUGUCUGCUCCAACCCAAACAAGCACGGCGAGCACUGCCAGGAGGACUGUGGUUGUGUUCACGGUCUGUGUGACAACCGUCCUGGCAGCGGAGGAGUGUGCCAGACCGGCACAUGUGCCCCUGGCUUCCAAGGCCGCUUCUGCAAUGAGUCCAUGGGACACUGCAGUCCCGGAGGGCUGGCUCAGCUCUGCCACCAGCAUGCUCGCUGCGUCAGUCAGGAGGGCAAGGCCAGGUGUAUCUGCCUCGAUGGUUUUGAAGGUGAUGGCUUCUCCUGCACACGCAGCAAUCCCUGCUCACAUCCAGACCGUGGUGGCUGCUCGGAGAAUGCUGAAUGUAUCCCUGGAGACCUGGGCACCCACCGCUGCGUUUGCCUCAAAGGCUGGAGUGGGGAUGGCCGCAUGUGUGUGGCCAUUGACGAAUGUGGGCUGGACACUCGAGGUGGCUGUCAUGUGGAUGCUCUCUGCAGCUAUGUGGGCCCUGGACAGAGUCGAUGCACAUGCAAGCUGGGCUUUGCUGGAGACGGCUACCAGUGCAGCCCCAUCGACCCCUGCAGGGUGGGCAACGGUGGCUGCCAUGGCCUGGCUACUUGCCAGGCAGUUGGGGGAGGUCAGCGGGUUUGUACAUGCCCCCCUCAUUUUGGUGGUGAUGGCUUCAGUUGCUAUGGAGACAUCUUCCAGGAACUGGAGGCAAAUGCUCACUUCUCUGCCUUCUCCCAGUGGUUCAAGAAUUCAAGUGUCACUCUUCCUGCUGGCAGCAGAGUCACCGCCCUGGUACCUUCUGAAGCUGCCAUCCGUAGGCUGAGCCGUGAGGACCAGGCCUUCUGGCUGCAGCCAAAGAUGCUGCCAGAAUUAGUCAGGGCCCAUUUUCUCCAGGGUGCCUUCUCAGAGGAGGAGUUGGCCCGGUUAAGUGGACAACAAGUAGCCACACUGAGCCCCACGACACAUUGGCAGAUACACAACAUCAGCGGGAAAGUCUGGGUGCAGAAUGUCAGUGUGGACGUACCUGACCUCCUUGCUACCAAUGGCAUCCUACACAUUAUCAGCCAGGUCUUGUUACCUCCAAGAGGUGAUGUGCAGACUGGGCCAGGGUUGCUGCAGCAGCUAGAUAGGGUGCCUGCCUUCCACCUCUUCAGGGAGCAGCUGAAGCAUCACAAACUGGUGGCCCAAAUUGAGGCUGCUAAAGCCUACACCAUCUUUGUGCCCACAAAUCACUCUCUGGAGACCCAGGGCAACAGCAGUAUCCUGGACAUAGACAUAGUCCGGCAUCACGUGAUCCUUGGGGAGGCACUCUCUGUGGAGGUCCUUCGGAAAGGAGGACACCGGAAUUCGCUUCUGGGCCCUGCCCACUGGCUGGUCUUCUACAAUCACAGCGGCCAGCCCGAGGUGAACCACAUGCCACUGGAGGGGCCCUUUCUGGAGGCUCCUGGCUGCUCCCUCUUUGGUUUGGCAGGGAUCUUGACAGUGGGGUCCAGCCGCUGCCUACACAGCCACGCAGAAGCUCUUCGGGAGAAAUGCAUAAACUGUACCCGGAAAUUCCGCUGCACUCAAGGCUUCCAGCUGCAGGACACACCUAGGAAGAGCUGUGUCUACAGAUCUGGCUUUUCUUUCUCCCGGGGCUGUUCCUACACAUGUGCCAAGAAGAUCCAGGUGCCCGACUGCUGCCCAGGCUUCUUUGGCACACUGUGUGAACCAUGCCCAGGGGGUCUAGGUGGAGUGUGCUCAGGCCAUGGGCAGUGCCAAGACAGGCUCCUGGGCAGCGGGGAAUGCCGCUGCCAAGAGGGCUUCCACGGAACAGCCUGUGAGAUGUGUGAGCUGGGCCGCUAUGGACCCACCUGUUCCGGAGUAUGUGACUGUGACCACGGGCUGUGCCAGGAGGGGCUGCGAGGGAACGGAAGCUGUGUGUGUAAUGUUGGUUGGCAGGGUCUCCGCUGUGAUCAAAAAAUCAUCAACCUUCAGUGUCCCAAGAAGUGUGAUCCCAAUGCCAACUGCAUACAGGACGUCACUGGAAUCCCCACCUGUAUCUGUGCUGCAGGAUACUCAGGCAACGGCAGUUAUUGCUCAGAGGUGGACCCAUGUGCUGCUGGCCAUGGGGGCUGCUCGCCCUACGCCAACUGCACCAAGGUGGCUCCCGGGCAGCGGACGUGUACCUGCCAGGAGGGCUACACAGGCGACGGAGAGCUGUGCCAGGAGAUAAACAGCUGUCUCAUCCGCCAUGGGGGCUGCCACGUUCACGCUGAUUGCAUCCCCACGGGCCCCCAGCAGGUCUCUUGCAGCUGCCGUGAGGGCUACAGUGGUGAUGGCAUCCAGACUUGCAAGCUUCUGGACCCCUGCUCCCAGAACAAUGGUGGCUGCAGCCCUUAUGCUGUGUGCAGAAGCACGGGGGAUGGGCAGAGGACGUGUACCUGCAACCCAAGUCAUACCGUGGGAGAUGGGAUCACCUGCCAUGGACGAGUUGGACUGGAGCUCCUACGGAACAAGCAUGCCUCAUUCUUCAGCCUCAACCUCAUGGAAUACAAGGAGCUCAAGGGUGAUGGGCCUUUCACCAUCUUUGUGCCCCAUGCUGAUUUAGUGAGCAACAUGUCCCAGGACGAGCUGGCUAGGAUCCGUGCCCAUCGCCAGCUGGUGUUUCGCUACCACGUGGUUGGCUGCCGGCAGCUGGGGAGCCAAGACCUGCUGGACCAGGAAUAUGCCACUGCACUGUCUGGGCACACGCUGCGUUUCAGUGAGAAGGAGGGCAGCAUUUAUCUCAAUGACUUUGCUCGGGUGGUAAGCCGUGACUAUGAGGCCGUGAAUGGCGUCCUGCACUUCAUUGACCGUGUUCUGCUGCCACCGGAUGUGCUACACUGGGAGGCUGACACUGUCCCCGUCCCUCGGAGAAAUAUCACCGCCGCUACUGAAAGCUUUGGUUACAAGAUCUUCAGCCGCCUAGUGACGGUGGCUGGUCUUCUGCCCAUGCUUCAGGAUGCAACUCAUCGUCCCUUCACUAUGCUGUGGCCCACAGAUUCCGCCCUGCAAGCCCUGCCUCCUGACCGGCAGAACUGGCUCUACCAUGAGGACCACCGUGACAAACUGGCAGCCAUUCUUCGGGGUCACGUGAUCCGCAAUAUUGAGGCCUUGGCAUCUGACCUACCCAACCUGGGCCAACUCCGAACCAUGUAUGGAAACACUAUCUCUUUCUCCUGCAGUCAUGCUCGGCCUGGUGAGCUCCUGGUAGGUGAAGACAACACCCGCAUUGUGCAAAGACACUUGCUCUUUGAAGGGGGCGUGGCUUAUGGCAUUGAUCAGCUGCUGGAGCCACCCGGCCUUGGUGCCCGCUGUGAUCGUUUUGAGACCCAGACACUUCAAAUGAAGACUUGCAGCGUCUGUGGGCUGGAGCCACCCUGUCCUCGGGGCUCACAGGAGCAGGGCAGCCCCAAGUCCUGCUGGCGUGAUUACUCCAAGUUCUGGGCAACCCCGCUACACUCCCUGACAAUGCGUGGUGGAGCCUGGAUACAGCCUAGUUUUUGGAACCACCAUCGACUGGGUAGGGGCUGCCACCGAAACUGUGUCACAGUCAUCUGGAAGCCCAGCUGCUGCCCUGGUCACUAUGGCAUUGACUGCCAAGCUUGCCCUGGUGGCCCCAAAAGCCCCUGCAGUGAUCACGGAGUGUGUCUGGAUGGCAUGAGCGGAAGUGGGCAGUGUAAAUGCCACUCGGGUUUUGCUGGGACAGCCUGUGAAUUAUGUGCUCCAGGUACCUUUGGACCCCAAUGCCAAGCUUGCCACUGCACCCCGCAUGGACGUUGUGAUGAAGGCCUUGGGGGCUCUGGCUCCUGCUUCUGUGAUGAAGGCUGGACUGGGCCACGCUGUGAAGUGCAGCUGGAGUUGCAGCCCGUAUGUACCCCACCCUGUGCAACCCAGGCCGUGUGCCGUGUGGGCAACAGCUGUGAGUGCAGCCUGGGCUAUGAAGGGGACGGCCGUGUGUGCACAGUGGCAGAUCUGUGCCGGAAGGGGCAUGGCGGCUGCAGUGAGCAUGCCAACUGCAGCCAGGUGGGGACAAUGGUCACUUGCUCCUGUCUGCCUGACUAUGAGGGCGAUGGCUGGAGUUGCCGAGCUCGCAAUCCCUGCCUGGACGGCCACCGUGGAGGCUGCAGCGAGCAUGCUGACUGCCUCAACACUGGUCCGAACACACGGCGCUGUGAAUGCCAUGUAGGCUAUGUGGGUGACGGACUGCAGUGUCUGGCGGAGCUUAAGCCACCUGUGGACCGAUGCAUGAGCAAAUCAGCUCCCUGCCACAGAGACGCUCUGUGCACUGACCUGCAUUUCCAGGAAAAACAGGCUGGUGUCUUCCACAUCCAGGCCCCCAGUGGCCCUUAUGGCUUGACCUUCUCAGAGGCCAGGGAAGCCUGUGAGGACCAGGGAGCAGCCCUUGCUUCGCUCCCCCAGCUCUCCGCUGCCCAGCAGCUGGGUUUUCAUGUCUGCUUCAUGGGCUGGUUGGCCAAUGGCUCUGCUGCUCAUCCUGUCGUCUUCCCAGCGGCAGACUGUGGCGAUAAUCGUGUAGGUGUAAUCAGCCUCGGGGUCCGCAAGAACCUUUCGGAGCGCUGGGAUGCCUACUGCUACCGUGUGCAAGAUGUGGCUUGCCAAUGUCGGGCCGGCUUCGUGGGUGACGGGAUCAGCACAUGCAAUGGGAAGCUGCUCGAAGUCCUGGCUACCACUGCCAACUUCUCUACCUUCUAUGGGAUGUUGCUGGACUAUGCCAACGCCACCGAGCGAGGUCUGGAUUUUCUGGACUUCUUGGACGAUGAGCACUCCUUCAAGACACUCUUUGUUCCUGUCAACGAAGGCUUUGUGGACAAUAUGACGCUGAGUGGCUCAGACCUAGAACUCCACGCUUCCAAUGCCACCUUUCUGAGUGCUAAUGCCAGUCAGGGGACAUGGCUUCCUGCCCACUCAGGACUUAGCCUCUUCAUAAGAGAUGAAGGCCCUGACAACAGUUCUAGGGUCCCUCUGACCCCGGGGACAGUUGUGGUCAGCCACAUUCUCGUGUGGGAUAUUUUGGCUUUCAAUGGUAUCAUUCACUCUCUGGCCAGCCCCCUGCUCACACCGCCACCGCAGUCUAGGCCGGUGCUGGGACACAAGCCUCAACCUGUGGCACUAAGCAUGGGGAUCGUGGUAGCUUCUGGAACACUGCUGGGGCUGGUAGCUGGAGCCCUCUACCUGCGCGCCCGAGGCAAGCCCACAGGCUUUGGCUUCUCUGCCUUCCAGGCAGAAGAUAAUGCUGAUGAUGACUUCUCCCCAUGGCAAGAAGGGACCAGCCCAACCCUGGUUUCUGUCCCCAACCCUGUCUUUGGCAGCAAUGAUGCCUUUUGUGAGCCCUUUGAUGAUUCGCUCCUGGAGGAGGACUUCCCUGAUACCCAGAGGAUCCUCAAGGUCAAAUGACAGUCUGGAAUGGAAGCAGAGGCACUUGGAAGGACAGAGAGCACUUUUAUUGCUUGUCAGGGUGGCUGGGGCUAAAAGAACGGAUGGUCUGUCUAGGACAAUAAAAGUGCCCUCAGCGGAUGUGGGCCAUGUC